CAGAGCCUCCUUCCGUGUAUAACAAUCAGUCACAAUCCACCAACCGGACGUCUACCACCUUCCCUCCGCGUCUCCUGGUGACCCGUUAUACACAGCGGUCUCUUACUCCAGGUCACCUCCCUCGCGCUCCCGCCUUUAUUACGCCCUGAAAACUCAUUUAAUGAAAUCCUAAAUAACUGGAAGUGGUUCCGGAGACCAUCGGGCCGUGCCCUCGGGCUCUCAAUAAGUCGCACCUGAUAUUGUCGAGGUGAGUGUCUGAGGCGUGUGCCGUGAGCCCACCAUGGUGUGUGUGACCCACCUCCUGCAGCUGCUGCCUCUCCUCCCGGUGCUCGCCCCACCGCCCACCCACGCUAAGUUCUACAUCGGACGGUACAAAACGGUACUGCAGCACACUGAGGCCGCCAAUGACGCCGGCCAUGCGAGGAACUUACCAUACAUGAUGCACCCUGACGAGGCGGAGGGCAAGAUGGCGGUCAACAGGAGAAUCAACAAAGAAGGGCGGGCGCAGACACCGCCCUGGUGGAACACCCGCCCUGCACCACACCAUCACAACUUCCGGCCUCCAACAAUGUUCGGUUUCUACCCAAAUAACUACGGAAACCAGAACAACGGUUACAGUGGUCUUCAGAACAACGAUAUAAAGUAUGUUGUGCCGCCUUUCACUCCGGGAGGUUACGUCCAUGUUGCACUUCAGUUCUGGAUCCCAAUCAGCAUCGGCGGGUUCUUGGUGAGCAGCCGUGACCUGACAACCGCAUUCAAGUCACCAAACCCCACCGCUUACAUCACCAAGCUCUUCCUCAAGCACCUGACCACCAAUUCAAGUGAUAUUCUUGGCGGCCUAGAAGGCCCACUUGUAGAAAAAGGAGUUCAAAAUUUCCUAGAUUGGGUCCUGCCUUACCUUGACCAUUUUACUGGCAGAGACAUCAACACUAUAGAAGCAUUCAAGUUUUCAGACGUCGAUGAGAACAAACUAAACUCAAGACAGAAGAGGAGCUCGGAGGACUCUGAAGACGGCUGGGUUACCAUAGGCGAGGAGCAGACAACAGCGACGCCAACAGCUCCUCUACUGAGCCACGGGUCAUCAUCCCUGGGACCAGCUGGCCAGGGACACAACGACAGAGUUCUGUGGGGCGGUGGCCAUCUUCUCUCCCACAAUGACAUUCUCAACUCAGACGACAAAGUUACGCCAAGUCUAGAUUUUGGUGCUCCAAUCGACACGCGCCGCUACCCACGUCCGCGGCCAUCUUUUUCUCACCCAGCCUCUUAUCAUCCUUAUUCUUCUUCAUAUCCUCCAUCCUCUGACUAUCCUUCCUCGUCGGAUAUCAGCCCUCCCUUCCAGCUGACGUCCUUCGACGACAUCCCAUCGGGAGGUACAGGAGCUAAGAGAGACCUUGACGUCAGUACCCGCCUAUCCCGCCUGGACUAUCUCUUCACUAACCUUCACCUGGACCACGAAGAAUGCCGUCGACGAGUAUUAUGCGAGGUUUCUCGGGAACCUGACACAUUUGACCCGCUCUCUGGCAUGAUUAAUGGGGAGACUAGGUUCCCAGGAGAUGCCCAGGAGCUAAGUCGCACCUUGUUGAGGACCGCAGAAGGAGCGAGGCUCCUUUCAUACAUCGAAGCUGUCAAGACUGGGGAAGAUCGGUCACAAGAAUGUGAUGUGUAUAGAUACAGGUGCAGGAUGCGGGCUCGAGAGGUCAUUAACACGGACAUCUUGCCAAUCUGGAGAGAAGUUGUUCGGUGGCUCACAGUCAAGGUUCUUACUCAAGACACCUCACUCCGCUGAUUCAGAGGUCAACCAACAUAGAUCAAACUAGAAUAACCUCCAUCAUCGAGAUCAGUGGUUCUUACCGUGGGUCAAAUGGCAUCUUAUUGCCCUCUCUACUGAGUGCAUGUUUCAAGGUGGCUCUUCUGAGUACUGUAUAUAUUUCAAGAUGGCUCUAGUGUGUAUAUGUUCCAAGUUGGUUCCAGUGUAAUAGUUUAUUGAAACUACACUUUCUUAUUAUGGCAUAUAUAUAUAUAUUACUGUAUUCAAUUUUAGAAAUAAUUUAUUAUGGAUGGUAUAGUAUGGCACUGGAACUGGUGCUGUUUCUAACUUACCAUUAUGAUCUGGGGCUGGCUGGCUGGGUGGUGGUGGUACACACUUACUGUCUCUAGCUGAACACUGGUUAACAGUGCAUGUCCCAACACUAGUAAGUGCAUGUCUACCCCCCCAACCUUGUAGAAUCACAGAAAAUCCCAACACUGCAGAAUCACAGAACACUACUUGUCCCAAUGUAGAUUCACAGUUUUUACUUCAGCACUACACAGCCACAGUACCUAACACUCAUAAUCACCCUUUCCACCACCACCUGUAGGAUAGUUUAUAUAGGUCCAUAAUAAACAAAACAAAAUUAUACCAAGCAGACUAAAACCAUUGUUAUGUAACAAGUUGUUUUCCUCAGUAUUUUUAGGACAUAAUUUUAUCACAUUUGUACUAGAAACAAAUAUUUCCAGGAUCAUUAUAUAUAUAUGUUGAUGUGCAAUAUCUUGUUACUGCUUUAAAAGUUUGCCGUUUUUUCAGUGCAUUUAUUUUUUGUUCUAUGUAACAUUAACUACUGCACAUUUUUUUGUAUAUAAUAUGUAAACUUAUUAUGCAACUACUGUAGGAACUUGACAAAUGUUCCUCCAAUUCUCAAGAAAAGUGGUAAUAUGUAUAUUGUCACUUUAUUAUAAAAAAAAAGUUCCUUUAUAAUAUGAAGGAACACACAGGCUUUACCUGGAAUAACAUGACAGUCAUGAAUACUAAAUCGAUACAUUAAACUAGAGAAAGAUAAAAAGAUUUUUGUUCAUCCUGGAGCACAGUCAAGUAUACUGAAAUGUGCCCAUAUUUAGUAUCUAUACAAAAAUUAGAUUUAAGCAAAGAUAAAACAGACAACAGCCAGAAUGUAUUGUAUGUUCAUUAAUAUGCUUGUUCUAUGUUGCCUCUGAAGCAUUAACAAUACUCUACCUCAAAUGGAAAAAUGGUUGUAUUUACUAUAUUUGGAGUGAGUAAUUAUCAAAAGACAGCUCAAAGCUGGGGAGACUGUACCACCAUCCCAGUGUUUUGGGAUAUUCAAAAGGUGCUAAAUAUUACUGAGGAUGCCAAUAUGAGAACAAAAGCACAUAAGGUGAGCAAUAUCAAAGGUAUCAGAUUCACCAAGGAUUUUGUUGAGGGACAUUAGGAAAGCAAGACACACGAUAGUCCUGAAAAUCAGGACAUUCCACAAGGUGCAAAACUAAGUGUGACAAUGCAGUUUGGAUAGUAAGAAGCCGGCAUCAUUCCAUUAAACGUCCACGAGUUAAGCGUGAAUGGCAAAUACGUAACUUAGCCGAAGCCAUUUCCCAUCAUCUAUUACGGUGGUAGGAGGAAGGCCAAGAAAUGUUAAUUUUGAGAGUGCAGUUUAUUAUUAUAUACCUGUAACUUCAGACCAGUGACCCUGACAGCAGUCGUGGAUUGAGGAAUUAGUGAAUAAAUUAGUCCGAAUAAAGAAUGCCUUUCUUUGGAAAUAGGACAAGUGAGGGACAGCCUCCUUAGCAGCAGUAUCCGCAUGUUGAUUGAAGGCAACACCAAUAUGGCUGCGAACCCAGCAAAACUCAACUGUUUUAAAUCUGUUAGAGAUAAGAAAUAGCUAAUGUUGCAUUUAGACUACCACAGGAUGCAUAGUGUUAAAUGACUCCAAGAUUGCAUAAAGUUCAGCUGUGAAGAUGCUAGUCUUCGGAGGCAGACGGCACAUAUAGGUUUGGUCAGGGAGGACAACAGAGUACAGGAGUCGUUCCUGACCAUCGCAAGACGGCAGGAAAGACAGCAGACUUAGACCAAUCUGUGAAGAGGGCAAAGGAGCAAGAGUGAAAAGAAAGGUGUUAAAGGAAAAAGCGUUUCAGAACCGUAGCAGGGGUAGAAGCCUUUACCUUGUGGGUCAAGGUCUUGCUAAACUUUGCAAGUGGAACCUUCCAUGGGGGUAAAGAUGAAAUACUAGGAGAGAGAAUGCUAAUAUGAACUGGGGGAAUCUUGCAAGCGUGACAUCCAUACAGAAAAAAAGGUGGUGAAAGGGAAGAGCCCAUAUGAGGGAUAACAGUCUAAGCACAACAUAAAACGAGAGUGAGGAUGUUGCAGGGACCGCACAAGGUAGUGAAGGCAGUAACGAUCAUGACAAUCCUGUAGACACAGGACGCAGGUUCCAGCAUACAGAUUCAGGGUAUGUAGACACAGGACGCCGAUUCCAACAUACAAAUUCAGGGUAGAUGAACGAAAGGUACCCGAGCUGAGGUAUAACUCAUUAUGAAAGAGCAGCAAGAUGAUGAUGAGUUGCAGAGGCGGAGUAGUAGGCGGAACUACCAUAAUCCCCAUGGGAUUCAGUCCCUGUGGUACGUAAAACACUCGCCCGACACUUCACGAGCACUCUGGCCUGGGUUUGUAUCCUGGCCAGGGAGGAGUGACUGGGUGCCAAUCCUCAACUG